AUGGCCGCCGACGAAGCCCAAAUGCCGUUUAUCCGCAACCUCGCUUCAAGCGACCGCAAGCUACGAAUUUCUUCUCUAGAGACUCUCACAUCUUUCCUCUCUACGCGCUCAACUAUCUCCGACGUCGACGCCCAGAAGCUCUGGAAGGGUCUGUUCUAUGCGCUAUGGAUGACCGACCGUCCCCUGCCCCAGCAGCGUCUCGCGACCGACCUCGCCAACCUCCUCCACACCCUGAAACCCGAAUGCGCUAUUCCCUGGCUACGUGGCUUCUGGGCUGUCGUGGGCAUUCAGUGGACAGGUAUUGAUGUCUACCGCCUUGAGAAGUUCCUUCUUCUCGUCCGUCGCGUUUUCGCCUCGCAUGUGCGCUUCCUCCGGGAGCGUGGCUGGAAUGACGCCGAUGUCGAGGCUAUUGUCGGGGUUCUAGCCGAGUAUCCUUUCGACAAGGAGGGCGAUAUGCGCAAGACCCCUGUGGGAAUUAGACUGCAUGCGAUGGACAUCUGGGUCGAUGAGCUGGAGCGCGAGGAGGCGCUUAAGCACCCUGAGGCCGAGGCCUUUGUGAAGACCUUGGGAGAGGUUGUUCUUGCGCUAAAGACAUGUCCUGUGAAGCCUGUGAGGCAGCGCGCCGUCGAGUGUUACGAGGACGAGAGGUUGCCGUGGGUUCAGGCUGCCAGUGGUGAUGAGCAGGAGGACGAUGAUGAGUGGGGUGGUAUUGAUGAUUAA